AGUGCUCACCAGUUCAUUCCAUUCCUCAAAUGACCUCAGUCUCUGUCUCUCUACCUUCUCAAUCAGUUCCCUUAAACAACUUUUCGUACAUGACUUCAAAAUUCAUAUUCUUCUUCAAUGAUGACACUGUAGAGUUUUUUUAUUUUUAUUUUUUCUUUCUUUCUUUCUUACCACUCUCUUUACCAUGAAAUUGUUUCAAUUUCCCUUCACAUAAUAUAUAUCUUCAUGAAACAAUUGUUUCAUCAUUCUCUUCCCCUAGACUCAUGAACUUUCCUUCCCUUUUCCUUCAAAGACUUGAUUCAUUCAUUCCCCCAAUGACUCCAACUCCCACCACCACAUUCAUCUUGUUCGUGUUGUUGGUGGUGUCUCCACGUGUCCCUUUUGUUCGCUCUGAUUUUGCGGGACUUGGGAGCCUGAAUGUGGCUCCUCAUGAAUUCAUAGGAUCCGUGAGAAUAGUUGGUGAUGUUUUUCAAAACAUGACUUCCACUCUCAAAUCUGUGUUCAGCAUUAAUGUCGAUAGUCACUUUCGUCUUUCUGACGCAAUUGCCGCGUGUCUCGAGUUGUUUGAUUUGUCAGCUGAUGAACUCAGCUGGUCCAUUUCCGCAGUUCAAAGUCCCCAAGGGAAGCAUAACAGUACUGGGAAUCUGAGCUCCGAUUUGAGGACAUGGUUGAGCGCUGCACUUGCGAAUACAGACACAUGCAUGGAUGGUUUUGAAGGUACGAGUGGGAAUAUGAAGGGUUUAAUAUCCUCUCAAAUCGACCAAGCAAAGGUUUUGCUCCAAAAGCUGGUGACCCAGGUGAAGCCUGUUUGGGAUGAUUUCAGUGCAAUUAGUAGUGCCAAAUUUCCCUCAUGGGUUGAAGUAGAGGACAAGAUGAUGAUGCAAAGUAAUGGGGUGCGUGCGGAUGCUGUAGUUGCUGCUGAUGGGAGUGAAAAUUUUACUAAGGUGAUGGAUGCUGUGAAUGCAGCACCAGAGUAUAGCAUCAAGCGCUUUGUGAUACACAUUAAGAAGGGUGUUUACGACGAGAGGGUUGAGAUUAGUAAGAAAAAGUGGAACCUCUUCAUGAUUGGAGAUGGUAUGGAUUCAACUGUUAUCACUGGUAACGUGAGUUAUAGUCAAAAUGUCACCACGUUCAGGACAGCUACCUUUGCUGUGAAUGGAAGAGGAUUCAUAGCACGAGACAUUUCCUUUAGGAACACUGCAGGCCCAGAGAAGCACCAAGCAGUGGCACUAAGAUCAGAUUCAGACCUUUCUGUGUUCUACCGAUGUGGGGUUUCUGGCUACCAAGACACCCUCUACGCCCACUCCUUGCGCCAAUUCUACAGAGAGUGCAAAAUUAGUGGCACCGUUGAUUUCAUAUGUGGGCAUGCCAAUGUAGUGUUCCAAAACUGCACACUAUUGGUCAAGAAAGGCUUACCACUGCAGAAAAACACAAUCACGGCUCAAUCGGAAACAGACCCAACUCAAUCAUCUGGUUUCUCCAUCCAAUUCUGCAACAUUUCAGCAGAUUAUGACCUUGUACCCUUACUUAACACAACCUCAACAUACCUUGGAAGACCCUGGAAGGCAUAUUCUAGAACAAUUGUGAUGCAGUCCUACAUUAGUGAGGUGUUAAGGCCAGAAGGGUGGCUAGAGUGGAAUGGAUCAUUGUAUUUGGAUACAUUGUACUAUGCUGAGUACAAUAAUUAUGGACCAGGGGCUAAACUUGAUAACAGAGUCAAAUGGCCAGGGUACCAUGUCAUUAAUGAUUCUACCCAGGCUUAUAAUUUCACCGUGGCACAUCUCAUUUUGGGGCAUUUAUGGUUACCUUCAACAGGUAUAACUUUCGCUCCAGGAUUUGAGGAUUGACCCAAUGCCACCAUUGUGCUUAUACUCUGCAACUGAUCAUUUAGAUCAAAGCAGAGAAUAAUAAUUACACUUAAACCUAUUUUUAGUCUAUAGUUUUAGACAUGAUAUAAUUUAGGUGUUUAAGUAUUGUUUAAUCAGCAAAAAAACUGUGUCAUGUUAAUUUAAAUUAAUAUUUGAUUAUCAGUUUUAGAAUACUGUGUGAUGA